AUGAAGGGUGCUGAUUCGGAAGGUGCGUCUUAUGGCGAGGGUACCCUCCAACCUAUCGCCAUCAUCGGGUAUGCCUGCCGGCUGCCGGGGCAAGUUACAUCUCCUAGUGAGCUAUGGGAACUAUGCACCCGAGCUCGAAGUGGCUGGUCACCCAUCCCCAAAGACCGUUUUUCUGUCGAAGCAUUCCAUCACCCCAACUCAUCCAAGAUUGGUUCCUUCAACCCAAAGGGAGGCUACUUCCUUGACGAGGACAUUGCACGUUUCGAUGCUCCUUUCUUCAACCUCACCGUGCAAGAAGCUACGGCCAUGGACCCUCAACAGCGCUUGUUACUGGAGUGCGCGUAUGAAGCUCUGGAGAGCGCUGGCAUCCCCAAAGAGAAUCUUGCUCGCCGGAACGUGAGCGUCUUUGCUGGUGGUAAUUUCGCUGAUUAUGAGCUCAAUAAUGACCGUGAUACCGAGACUAUCCCUAUGCACCAAGCCACGGGCUGUGCGGCCUCGCUGCAAUCCAACCGUAUCUCAUACUUCUUCGAUCUACGAGGGCCCAGUGUCACAGUGGAUACAGCUUGUUCUUCCUCACUUGUUGCACUCCACUAUGCAGUACAGAGCUUGCGAAGCGGAGAAUCCAAGGAAGCACUCGUUGCCGGUUGUCACCUCAACAUCGUACCAGAUAUUUGGGUUUCGAUGUCCAUGUCACAGUUGUUUAAUGAUGAGGGCAAAACCUUCUCCUUCGACGAGAGAGCCACAUCCGGUUUUGCGCGAGGCGAGGGCUCUGGUGUCGUAAUUUUGAAACCCCUCGACGCCGCCUUGCGUGACAAAGAUCCCGUCCGAGCUGUCAUUGUACAUUCAGGAGUCAACCAGGAUGGGCGAACACAGGGAAUCACAUUGCCGAACGGCCAGGCCCAGGAAGAGCUAAUCCGGCAGGUCUACAAAGAGGCCAACAUCAACCCGGACGAAUGCGGUUUUGUAGAGAUGCAUGGAACUGGAACAAAGGCCGGCGAUCCCAUCGAAGCUGCAGCAGUCCAUGCAGCACUUGGAAAGAAUCGGACUCCAAGAAACCCACUUUACAUUGGAUCAGUCAAAUCCAACAUUGGGCAUUUGGAGGGAGCCAGUGGUAUAAUUGCCAUCAUCAAAGCAGCCAUGAUGCUUGAUAGAGAGUUGAUGCUUCCAAACGCCGAGUUCAAGAAAGCGAAUCCUACUAUUCCUAUGAGCGACUGGAAUAUGAAAGUUUUAACGAUGACGCGGCCCUGGCCUCCUCGCAAGAAAUAUCUCAGCGUGUCCAAUUACGGGUUUGGAGGAACCAAUGCACAUGCCGUACUUGAAAAAGCGCCACUGUCAUCCAAAGCCCCAGACCGAGCUGUUGAGGAUGUUGAAGUGGACCCCAAACGCAAGCUGUUCUUGAUCUCUGCCAACGACAAGGAGUCUCUACGCACUAGGAUCAAAGACUUCGGUAUCUACUUCGAACAACAUCCCGAAGUUUUUGAAAAGACUCUAUUCGGCAACUUUGCUUAUACCCUAGGCAACAAGAUGUCUCAACUCUCAUACCGUGUUGGCGUGUCAGCUACCUCGCUAGAUGAACUUGGUAUCCGUCUCGCUCAAUUGAAGAUCAACCCCUCUAGGGUUUUGGGAGCCUCGAUAAUUUCGUUUGUCUUCACUGGUCAAGGGGCUCAAUGGGCACAGAUGGGUGUUCCUCUUAUGCACGAAUACCCUGUCUACGAGUUGGCCAUCAAACGAGCAGAUCAAUGCCUACGAGAUCUCGGCGCCGAGUUCUCCCUUGUCGAAGAGUUGGAAAAGGACGCAACCGCUUCCGAUAUUGACUCCCCUCAUCUAAGUCAACCAGCGUGCACAGCACUUCAAAUUGCACUAGUCAACCUCCUAGAAUCCUGGGGAAUCCGUCCUGGUUCAGUCGUUGGCCAUAGUUCUGGAGAAAUCAGUGCAGCCUACGCUGCGGGGAUUUAUGACUUAAAGGGAGCCAUGGCUCUAGCUUACUGGCGGGGGCAAAUGACCUCGUUGCUUAAGUCCUCGUUCCCGUCCCUUAAGGGGACUAUGAUUGCUAUUGGCACUAGUCGCGAGGCUAUUCAGCCUAUAUUAAAGAACCUCUCUGGAUAUGCUACCGUCGCUUGCGUGAACAGUCCUACUAGCGUGACUGUGUCGGGAGACGUAUCUACGAUUAGUGAACUCGAAAAGGUUGUCGAAAAUAAACAACUUUUCAGCCGAAAAUUGAAGAUUGACGUUGCCUACCAUUCCGACCACAUGAAGAAGGUUUCCGAGGCCUACUUAGCUGCGAUUGAGAACAUUCGGCACUUCUCAUCGGCGACAGCCUCAUUCUUCUCUUCUGUCUUUGGGCGCUUCGCGGAACCCUUUGAGCUUGGUCCAGAGUACUGGAUUGCGAACCUGACAUCACCGGUGUUAUUCUCUGACGCUCUUGACAAGAUGGUGUCGAACGAUGAGACACGACCCAGCCUUCUUAUUGAAAUCGGUCCACACUCCACAAUGAAGGGCCCCAUCAUGGAUACUCUAAAGAGCUUGGGUUCCACGGUCUCCAAGAUUGCAUAUACACCAACUAUUCUUCGUAAGGUGGAUGCAGCUGAGUCCGUCUUAAAUACCGCUGCUGCUGCCUACAUGCGAGGCGCUACGCUCAAUAUGACAGCAGUGAACUUUCCCAAGACCGGAGCGGCAAACCGGUGGUUCUUGAGUAACUUGCCUCGCUACCCUUGGCAACAUGGAACUCGGUACUGGCACGUUGCCCGUAUUCCACAGAAGCAUAUGGUCAGAGAUGGUGCUAGGAGCGAUGUCUUGGGAGUAUUGGCAAAUUACUCAAAUGAUCUGGAGCCAACGUGGCGGAACAUCAUCCGGUUAGAUGAGAUUCCCUAUCUCCGAGACCACAAGAUGCAAGGGAUGGUCGUUUACCCCUUAGCAGGCUAUUUGGUGAUGGCCAUCGAGGCUGCUCGACGACGCGCAAAGCAAGCUGAUAUCCAAAUCUCCCAGUUUGAACUAAGGGAGGUCAUUGUGGGUUCAGCGCUUGUGCUCAGUGAUGAUACAGAUGCAGAGACCACCAUUACUCUCCGCCCCUAUGCUGAAGGUACCCGUGGAUCAUCCGACCUUUGGGAUGAGUUCCGUGUCUGCUCAUGGACCUCAAAACGAGGAUGGACAGAGCACUGUACUGGCCAAGUACGGGUUCGCUCCGAUCCAAAGCAGCAGGCAGUUGUGAUCUCGAGCCCGUUCGAGACUCAAUCCACUUACACGAAAGCUCAAAUUGCCCGAAUUCAGAAAUCGGCUACUAAUUACCUCGAUAUGUCCCACAUGUACCAGGUUCUUAGUGAUCUAGGAGCCGGGUACGGUCCUAUCUUCCAGGAUAUUGAUAACUGCUACUCCAGCCCUCACCACUCGUUUGGCGAUCUACACGUUAGAGAUACCCGCAGUGUCAUGCCGAAGGGAUUUGAACCUCCCUUAACUGUCCACCCGUCAUUCCUCGAUGGACUGCUACAUUUUGCUUGGCCCCUUCUUGGCCAGGGCUUGGGCCGAAUGGAUCUGGACACACUUUACAUGCCUACAGUAAUCAAGCGUAUGACAGUCGGUCUCAAUGUACCAACCACCGCUGGUGAAUACCUCAAAGGUUACUGCAGUGGCAGUCCCAGCUUGCCUUCCCCUGAACCGACCAAAUUUGACCUUUUUGCCACCCAGGAGGGCUCUACCGAACCUAUUAUUACAAUAGAUGGCCUGGUAAUGACUCCCCUCAGAAAUUCAGACCCUAACCGUGAAGACACUCGCAAACUGUGCUAUAAGAUUAAUUGGCAUCCCUUGGCCGAGGUUGAAAACGCCGUUGAAGAAGAUAUUCAAGAUCGCAACGGCCCCGCCGAAUCUCACGGCGAUACUUAUAUCCACCGAGACGCAAAUACGAAUGGGAAUACAAAGCACCAAGGCAAUGCGCACACAAAUGGGAAUCCCGUCAAACCUAAGCACGAUCUAUGCAUUACGUACUUUGGUAAAUCCGAUGGUAUUGCUGAUAAAUUGAGUAUUGCCCUGUCCGACGAAUCCGGGUGGCAGGUUUCCGUCCGGAACUUUGGUGAAGUGAACUUCUCUCAAAAGCACCUUGUUCUACUUCAGACUGGAGCUAGCUCUCUGCGAUACCUCACCGAGGAUGUAUUCGAGGGGCUCAAGAAGGCGCUACUCAAUGUUAGAACUGUGCUCUGGGUCUAUCGGACUGAUUCUCCCGAUGCUCAAAUGACAGUCGGCUUGACUCGUACCUUGCGCUCCGAGACCUCGGCUAGAAUAGCCACUCUUGGGUUGGCUCCUGACAUCCAAUAUCCCGAGAAGCCUAUCCAGGCAGCCAUCAGUGCUCUAUGGCCCACCGAUGGGACUCAGCCCACGAAGGAUCUCGAGUUCAAGGCCAAGGGCUCGGAGCUAUUUGUCCAACGCAUAGUGGAAGAUGAUGCUGCCAAUAGUUUCAUCCACAAUGAGACCCACGACAUGACAAUCUCAACCCAACCGUUCAGUCAGCCUGGGCGCCGCUUCAAGAUCCAGAUCGGCAAUCAAGGCUCUCUUGAUUCCCUCUACUUUGUAGACGACAAUCCCCUACCAUUAGGCGAGGGCCAAAUUGAGCUUCAAGUUAAAGCAAGCGGUCUUAACUUCAAAGACAUUGUGGUCUCCAUGGGCCAGCUUGCACAGCCUUAUAUUGGAAUUGAAUGUAGUGGUGUUGUCUCCAGUGUAGGUUCAAAUGUGAAUAAUUUCAAGGUCGGUCAAAGAGUCAUGGCCAUGCCAGAGGGCGGUUUCUCGACUUAUGCACGAUGCGCUGCGACUAGCGCGGCAGAAAUCCCAGCCGACAUGUCAUUCGAGGUUGCAGCCACAGUGCCAGUUGUAUUCUGCACUGCAUACUACUCUCUGUUUGACCUAGGUCAACUCCAAGCCGGCGAGCGGGUUUUAAUCCACGCCGGUGCUGGAGGUGUCGGUCAAGCUGCCAUAAUGCUAGCGCAGAUGAUCGGUGCAGACAUCUUUACUACAAUCGGAAGCCUCGACAAGAAACAGUUCUUAAUGACCCAGUACGGUAUUCCCGAAGACCGCAUCUUCUAUAGUCGUGAUACAUCUUUCGCUCGCAGCAUCCGCAGAGCCACCGGCGAUGUUGGUGUGGAUGUCAUCGUCAACUCCCUGGCAGGCGAACUUUUGCGCGAGACUUGGGAGUGUCUUGCACCUUUCGGACGGUUUGUCGAGAUCGGCAAGGCUGAUAUCACGAAGAAUACUCGCCUUGACAUGCAGCCCUUUGAGCACAACGUCACAUUCUCGUCGGUUGAUCUCACCAAGGUUGGCAAGUCCAAGCCUCAGCUGAUGAAGCGCAUCCUGGGUGAUAUAUGUCGGUUGAUUGGUGACGCAUCGGUGCAUCCCGUCCUACCACUUUCGAUUUAUCGAAUUUCCGAUAUCGAGAAGGCAUUCCGUACUCUGCAGAUCGGCAAGAGUAUGGGUAAGAUUGUGGUGGUUCCUCAUGAAGGUGACCAAGUCAAGGCUGUGGCUCCUAAGACCAGUGCCACUCUCUUACGACCCGAUGCAUCCUACAUCUUGAUUGGUGGUACUGGUGGUCUAGGCCGAAGCAUGGCCAAGUGGAUGUCCUCGAAGGGUGCAAAGAACAUUGUUCUUGUGUCUCGUCAAGCCGCGAUUAAUGGGAAGGUUCGAACUUUGAUAGAUACUUUGGCUCCUCUAGGAGUGCGAAUUAUCGUCAAGGCUUGCGAUGUCAGCAGCCGUGAGUCUGUCAAGGUUCUGAUUAACGAAGAGAUGAAAGACCUUCCCCCAAUACGUGGUGUUAUUCACGGUGCGAUGGUGCUUCGUGAUAUGCUCUUCGAAAAUAUGUCUCUUGAAGACUUCUCUGCCGUAGCAUGCAACAAGGUAGAAGGAGCUUGGAAUCUGCAUCACGCGCUGAUCAAUUCCCCACUGGAUUUCUUCAUUGCCCUCUCAUCGAUAGCCGGUAUCAUCGGCAAUCGCGGACAGGCAGCAUAUUCCGCAGCAAAUGCAUUCCUAGAUGGAUUCAUAGAAUACCGCAGAUCCCUUGGCCUUCCAGGAACAUCAAUCGGCCUUGCUGCAGUCAGCGACGUCGGCUACCUAGCCGAUACCGACACCCAGCGGCGCCAGGAGGUAAUGAAGAAUAUCAGCUGUCAGAUCAUCGACGAGUCGGAAGUCCUGGCGUUGAUAGCCGCCGCUUUAACCGGUGAUCUCGAUCGAUCCUGCUCUGGGCAGUGUGUCACAGGACUGGGACUGGAUUCACUCGAGAACAACUUCUGGGUCCAGGAUGCGAGGUUCACCGUGCUAUACGAGGCCGCCAAGGGGACACUGGGCAACAGCUCACAAUGCGACGGCCCGUCUGUGCCGCUGCAUGUCACUUUGUCGACUGCCUCAUCUAAAGAGGAAGCUUUGAGAGUGUGCUAUGAGGCGCUGGCCGCGAAGUUAGCGCAGGUUCUUGUUCUCUCCUUGGAGGAUAUGGAUCCCUCGAUUACAGUGGUUUCAUUGGGUCUUGACUCGCUGGUGGCUAUUGAGAUCCGUAACUGGAUCGCCCGUGAGGCUAAUGCCAAUGUGCAGGUUCUAGAGUUGUUGUCUGGUGGCAGUUUGAUGGCCUUGGCUGAGAUUAUCCUCAACAAAUCUCAGGCCUAUACUCGCACCGAGUAA